AGCUGAACAGGCGGCGGCUCGGGGGUCGGCGGCUUCUGAAGGGCGAGCUCGACCCAGGGCGCCUCGCGAAGCGCAUGAACGUUUCGGCCACUGAGGGGUUGCGAGUCAUACCGACCGGACUGCUUCGCCGCAUUACCACCGACAAGCCGAAACUCCCCAAGGGCAUGCCGUCGCCUUUCGCCGGCAAGGCACUCGCUUCUGCUGCUGAAGGGGCCAAAAGGAGAGCCUCCAUGAAGGGCGACACCAUCGGCGACGUCUUCGGCGUGGACGCACCGGAACCAGAAGACGACGCAGAGCAAUUUUCAGGCUACGAGGAAGACGCCGCCCCGUAUCCUGACGAUCAGGUCGACGAGCAGGGCGACGACAGAGCGCCCUCGGCGCCUCCGAAUGAGCAGCGGCAGGAGUCUGCAGAGAAGCUCGUCUAGCCUCCCGCCAUA